AUGCCCAGCGCCGCCUGCGCCGUCGCGCCACCCGACACCACCGCUCGUUCGCGGCGGCGGGGGAGGGGCUCGAACAGCCCGGAAAGGUCGAACCCUGACGAGAAGGAGAUGAUGUCGAAGGCAUUGAGGUCCCUUUCCUCCUCCUCCUCCUCCGCCGCCGGCUUGAUGGCGCGAGGCCUGCGGCCGGAGCCCGUCAGUGCCGCCCACCUCUCUCCGUCCAAUCCCUUUCGGAACCAUGGGUCGCGGAUGAUCUCCUCGACGGUGCUCCUAGUCUCCGGGUUGGUGUCCAGAAGCCGACCGAUGAGGCGCUUCAGCUCGGGGGAGAACCAGCGAGGGCAGCGGAACUCCCCCCGGCAGAUCUUCUUGUACAUGGCCAUCAGAUUGGGGUCGUUGAAGGGGAGGUACCCAGCGUUGAGCACGAAGAGGACGAUACCGCAGGACCAGACGUCGACCUUGGCGCCGUCGUAGCCCUUCUUGGCGAGGAUCUCGGGCGCGACGUACGCCGGCGUGCCGCAGAGCGUGUGCAACAGCCCGUCGUGCCCGGUCUGGUCGGAGACGGCGCUGAGGCCGAAGUCCGUCACCUUAAGGUCGCCGUUCUCGUCGAGAAGGAGGUUCUCUGGCUUCAGGUCCCGGUGGAAUACACCCCUAGAGUGGCAGUAACUCACGGCGGAGAUGAGCUGCUGGAAGUAGCGGCGGCUGAGGUCCUCGGAGAAGCGGCCCCUGGAGAGGCGGGAGAAAAGCUCACCGCCCUUCACGAGCUCCAUGACGAAGUAGAUCUUCGAUCUCGAGGCGAGGACCUCGGUGAGGCGGACGAUAUGGGGGUGGCGGAGCCGCCGCAUGAUGGAGAUCUCCCGCUUGAUGUUCGCCGCCAGCCCUCCCUUGAUAAUCCGCUGCUUGCUGAUGCACUUCACGGCGGCGCUCUCGCCAGAGCGGACAUCCUUCGCGAGGUAGACCUUGGCGAAGGCUCCCCUCCCCAGAAGCCGCCCUAG